GUAAGAGUGUUAAAUAUGUGUAGAAUAAUAUUUGAACACUAUGCUAUCAAUAAUUGUCAGUGUUGAAGCGAUUUCUAAAUGGUGAACUUUGGUCGGGUUUCUUAUCAAAUUUACUCAAAAUAAUCCAUUGGGUAAACAUUGAUUGCAAUUGAAAAGUCACUUUUCAAGUCCAUGGGUUUAUGAAUCAUUAAUGACUGUACUUAUACAAGAGUACUUAUACAACAAAUUAGUAAUAUCAAAUCGUAAAGAUUCAUAGUCUACACUUAUUCGAUCACUAGAAGAAUAGUCAACAUCUAUUCGAUCACUGUAGAGUCUAUAUAGUUUGAGUUGUACCUCAUAAAAAAGAUGUCAGGAAACAAAGCACCACAACCCGCCUCAGGAUAUCCCGCACAGAGUUAUCCUUCACAGAGUUACCCUGCUCAACCACAACAGGGUUACCCUCAACAACAACAAGGUUACCCUGGAGCCCCUCCACCAUACGCAGCAGUACCACCACAAGCUCAAUAUGUCCCACCACCAGGAGGUGCACCUGCACAACAAGGCAUCCCUCCUGCACAGUAUGGUGCCCCUCCCGCUCAGUACAACCCCAACCAGACUGUUGUAGUGCAAGGGGGCUUUGAUGCAGGAGCCAGGUUUGGACCAGGCACUGGAGCAUCUGCUAAUAUCCCACCACCACCCCCUGGUGUUGCACCCAAUGCUGCCCAAAUGGCUCAGGGACAAGGAGCUAAUGUUGUGAUGACUCAGAGACCUGACAACUUUUGGGCAGGUGGAUCAGAUGGAGGCUACACUGUGUGGUAGAGAGGCAUAACAACACAGAAAACACAUAUAACUUGAAGUUACAGGAUAAAAAGUUUUCUUUCAACUCAGAUAAGGACAUACUGUGUGAUUUUGAAACACUAUGAUGCAACAGGAACUGACCAAAAUCAAUUUCAGUAUUGAGGAAAACACUAGAAGGACUUAAUGUAUGACCUCCAUUGUUCACCAUUAGCUUUGUGGAAUGCUCUGCUCCUGGCAUUAGUGUAUACAAUUCAUGUAAAAUUCAUGUUGAAUGAUUUUAGUGGAACUUUAACAUUAAUUAGGAACCUGAGUUUUUGUAACUUUUGAUACUGUGAUUUUGAUUUCAAAGAAACUUUAAACUUUGUACAAAUUAAUAUAUACUCUAUAUUGUAUAUAUUAUUAUCAGUGAUGCAAGAACACGUUGUAUAUAGAUGUAGAUAUAUGAUGAAGACUUAAUAGAUAUUGAUCAUUUAGCUGU